CCCAUUGACGCCGCACAGCUGUGCGUCUAUUCAGGAUCAUACUUGGCGCACUAGCGCGGCGGCGGGCCGUUCCAGCUCCCCUGCGUUGCAGCAGUCGCUACUAUUUGAAUUUGUACAACAAGCUGCCAGGGGAGCUAGUCCCAGUACAUCUGCCUUGGAGGUGGAGUCCCCCCACCACGCGAUCGUCUACUGCAGCGAGUCAACAUCUCGCCAGGACUUGCCCUACAAUCCCCCGGGACAACAGACACCUCUGCUCUACUACGAUCAACAUGGAUCACGCAGCCACCAGGAUGGAGGUGCGACUCCCGGACGAGGACUCGAGUGGAUGAUGAAGCAGAACAACCUUCGUGGAGAAGUUCCAGUCGGCGGGGGAGGUGAUGCCAGGCACGUUGCAUCAAAGACAGCUGAUGGAAAGCCAAGACUGCUUGGUCUUGUUCCCUCGGAGGACGCAGAAGGUCUUCAGCUUCAGACUGCGCCGGUAGGUGCAGCUACCUCGGGAACGUUCGUCCAAGACGGCAGUCUAGCUGCUGAGUGCUCCAGGCCACGCGCGAGCACCAGCAGAAGCAGAGGAGAUGGAAGGUAGAGCAAAAGUAUCUAUCGAAAGUAGCUGCAACAUAUACGAUGUGUUGAGGUUGACCUUGAUGACGCUGUACAAAGAGAAAAUUUCCUUGCUGCUUUUAUGUUUUUCAACCUAGUGGACAGCGCACAACACGUGCACGUUGCCAGUUGCACAUCCUGGCUCGCCUGAUAAUUUAAGUUUUUUCGCUCAACAAGCUUGCUGCGCUUUGUAUGUUCUUUCCACUCUCAUCAACUUGCGCCACCUGCUUGAUUCUGUAACAAGAAAUUGUACUGGUCUGCUGACUCUUGAUAUUUUGAUUUUCAACAGGAGGCUUCGGCAUGAGGUUGAGGAUCACCUGAAGAUGGGCGAGCAGGCCCCAGUUUCCGGGGAACAUGAUCUGCAGCACAGUAACAGAGUCGAGAACGAAGCUGACGAAGAGUUGCAGCGCGUUAUUGAUCAUAAGAAUAAGCGAGUUCUGGUCUUGGACAGGAAGGGUUGUCUGUGUGCCAUCACCGAUCUUCUGGGUCGGAUCGACGACAAUGGUCGUUCAUUUGCGAAGGGUUCCUCCAAGCCUGCGCCUGCCCCUGCCACCAUGCUGGCUUCGACUCCCGGAUCGACUUCACCCUCGAGCUUUCAGGGAAAUUUGUUUGCAACACCCCGAGGAGCGGCGCCUUCCGUUGCAGCGACGUCGGUUACUGCCACGAGUAAUUUUUCUCCUGCAAGUAGUGACGGGCUUGGCGCCGCCCCAGCGAAAGAAGUUUCUGCGGCGAUGCGGCUGCUCCAGGCGCAGCGCGAAGUAUUGAAGCAGCAAAUUGCCGAGAUCGAAAGUAGAUUUGGCAGGCAUGACCAGCAGCAACAUGUCCAACACCAACUGCAGGUAGUGGAGAACGGAGAGAAUGACACCACUGCGAAAAAUUUCGCUAGUGCCUCUACUUCAAACCGGGUAAGUCGGGCUGAAGACGAUGCAGAUGAAGAAGAUCGCCCCCUUGAACGCAAUCAGAGCGCGGACGCCACGCCGUCGACUACAGCGUCGAGCUCCUCGGGAAAGGAACAAAAAGUGUUCGUGCGCAAAAAGAUCCCGCCGUGCGAGGCUGAUGCCGCGCCUUUCACAGAAAGCAGCGAAAACAGUGAAGAUUUCCGGGACCACGACCACCCUGUUUACAAUCACUGUCGAGCUGCGAGCUGUGACACUGGUUGGCCCAAUGAUCCUUCUCACCCCUCUCGUCGUACAGAGGAAAUGGUCCCAGAGGGCAUCGUCGCCGGAGGCAGAAGAGGGGAGAUUGAAGAAAGCAUAGCUGCGAUUUUGAUCAAUAGUUCAUCUCCCGCAUGCGAUAGGCAUGGCCUGGACGAGCAUCGUGACGCUGACCACGCUCCACGUCUUGCAGGAGAAGCCAAUAGUACCUGCGACGGCCUGGUGCAUACCGCUGCGCUAAAUGCGGACGCCAAUACCUGCGACAGCGUGCAUACCGCAGCACUGGAACGUGAAAACGCGAGACUCCGGGAGGAGCUGCUGAGGUGGUGUCAGGAGUAUAAUAAGCACACCAGUACAACAAAUACGAAAGGGAAAGGAAAAGGAGCCUACUCUACUAAAGCGUCUAUAAUUGGAGAGUCGGACAAAUACAACCACGAUUUUGUAAAAGCAUCUGGGAGCAGGAGCAGCCGCGCCUUCACCGACUCUACCACUGCUACUACAUAUAAUGGAAAAACGCCACAUCGAAGCAGCCACGAUCUUUCAGAAGACGAGUCUCAAGACGACUUUUCGUCGUCGUCUCCGGCGACUUUUCACCCUCCAGGAGAAGCACACCUGUCUCAAGAAGAUUCAGCGAAAAGAGCUGGGAGAACGAGCGGAGAUAGGGAAGAUUCGUGCCGUGGUAAAAAGCGCACCAGAUAUAAUCGCGAUGACUCGCUCCAUGCUCGUCCGGUACGAUCUUCUUGCACUUUUGGAGCACGCAUUCACAUCGACGAUGAAGUCGACGACAGCAGUUCGCCGUUGUGCAGUUUUCCUCUGCUUCCAGUUCCGGAAGAAGGAGAGGCGGUGGUGGGAGCGGAGGAGCGGCAGGAAAGUGCAAUGGUUUCGCGAAUACAGGAAGGGGUGGAGACACUGUUUCGAGAAUACAGCACUGCUUCAAGAACAACGGCGACUUGUAGAACAAGCAGUGCGAGUUCUUGUGGUCGUCUACCUACAAGAACUUCUUUCGGCGGUGAUGUAGCUGCUGCCAAGAAGAGCGGAUCUGCGGGGCAUGGAGGAGCUGGAGCUCGUCAAGAGGCGUCAGAACAAGUGCGCGUGCGAACCUAUUCUGAUGGACAAGUUGUGGAACAAGAUCAUGAAGACGCGCUACAGGAGAACGAGAAGCAACAAGGUCCUUCGUCCCCUCUGGAGGAAGCAGCAGCCAGAGAGAAGAGAAGCGGGAACGUGCUUCGCACAGAUGAUGUUGUACAACAUCAGGUUAUUUCGAGUACUAGUGCCAACAUUAUGGCAGUUUCAAAAAAUAAAAAUAUGCUACACGAGUGGAAUAAUUGCAAGUCGCAGAUUUCCAUUUCGUUGGCUUCUUCGCCCGCGUCGAAGUGGAGCGAAAACCCGUUUUCGGUGAGUCCUCCAAACAGGUCCCGAUUUGCCAACUGCGAUUCUGCCAGCUGGCUCGCGGACGAGGCUCAGAACCGAGCAGAAGCGGAGGUCUAUCUUCAUGCGACGUUUCCGCACCUUCUUGACGAGGACCAGCAAGUCGUGGGAACCACACGACACGUGGAGGAAGCAAGUCAGGCACACUUCUCCACGGAGGCUUUAGAACAAGAACAUGACGAGUUGUGCGGUCCUAUCGUGAAUAAAAACGUCCCCACACCAUAGUCAAGAUGGGGACUCGGCUAGACAAAUUCACAAGUUUUGGCUGUUUUGCAUGACAAAUUUGGACUCGUAGUGUAGUGCUGUUUGAGCUAGCUCAGCAGCAUCACAGAUCUAGUAGAUAAUGCUGAUCGGAGCAUGACAAAUUGCAAAACACGACUAGAGAAUGCUUCUCAUAGGGCUCCGAAUGAGAAACAUUUUCAGCAUGCAGAUUUGCAUUACAACUAUGGGGUGGGGACGUUUUUACAUACGAUAGGUCCCGUGUUCAGGAGGACUAACGAUGACGGCCAGGGACAGGCAGAGGAGCAGAUGCGCGAUCGAGAAACUAAACAAAAAGUCGAGGACAAUGUUGUCCAUACUUUAUUACACCUCAAGCCGCGGCACUUGCACUCAGAAGUGGAGCGCGCAAGAACGGGCACCGUGAAUUCAACGGGGCGUCUCACUCCUCGACUGCAGAUGAUGCUCUCGUCGCCACACAUUUCCUUGAAAACGACGCACACGCUCGCUAUGCGAGAGGGACCCUACCACGCCCCUGGAACUGGAUACUGGAACAGAUCCCCCUCGCCCUCAAGGAAAAAUGCCGUCAUCUAUUCUCCUGGGCUGCGAAAAUCCGCCUGUUCAUCGGCACUCCUGCUUUCUGUUCCAGGAAGCGCGCCAGGAAACGAAGAGCCUACGUGUGAUACGAUGAACGAGCAGGAAGCGGAUAGGGUACUCUUCUGAAAUCAGAUUCAGACAGCAUGAUUUAGAUAUUUCAUUUUUUUCAAAUUAGUAUAAAAGGUUUAACGUCAGAUCGAUUUCCCUAUGGAAUGUGCAUAAGUGCAUGCACGAGUACAGGCAUACUGAUUUGAUAUGUUUGUGUUGCAGGUGGUUGUAGUGCCCCGUCGACGUCCUCAAGUGCUGCACACCGAAUUCCGACCCCCCGUCGCCGUCCAACGAGGAACAGAGACAUCAUUUCGACCGUGCAGAGGUAACGACAGUGCUAUUGGGCUUUUUGUUUUUACCAGAGCCCCAGCGGAUGCGAAGGAGCGUAAUCGUCCAAAGGCAGAUCUUGGUGAGGAACGCGAACCCGCGGCACACAACAAGGACGCCAAGCAAAAGCAUGAUGGCAGCAAGGGCUGUGUUUACAGCCAUGUUUCUCCGCCCACGUCUGGCGAAUCGCAGUGGCAACACCGGCACCUCCGUAGAAAUGAACCGCAGCAGCACGACCACGACGCUCCGUGUGAUCCUCCUCGCCGUUUGCGACCAAACGACCUGGGUGAUGUUUGUCCUCUUGAAGAGGUUGCCGAGCUCCAACAGAGUUAUUCUACAGAAAACUGCACCCACUGGAACCGACUUAAUACUUUUCAGAAAAGUAACAGCGAGGUAAAAUGAGAUUCCGUAGCUGCAUAGCCGACCUUGUGCGGAUAAGGAGGGGUUGUACAUGACCGACUCCUUCCUAUCCAGCUGAAAGCAGCGAGAGAGUGGUACUACGCAAAAGUCCAGAAAGUUAUCAGAAAUUUAUUUGUGCAAGUUGCAGCUUAUGCUUAGACACAAAAAGUUUCUUCAGUUUACUCUUCGGAGUUCGCUGCAUCACCGUUGCAAACUGUUGCGCUCUUUUCUAAUCCCGGAUCUGCGUUUUUAUGGCUUUACUGACUUUGGCACAUAGGGUAAAGCGCAUUGAUUCCAAGAAAAUCAAAAUUGCAUUUCGUGUUCUGGUUUGGGGGGCAUGACUUUUCUAAAUGAUAAGAGCAUAUCGCAACUCAAUGAGAUGUUGCGGCAAGGAGCGCAGGCCCCAGUGCCACGGAGGGUCGUGGUCGCAGAAUCUGAACCUUUCACGACUUGUUCGACUUCUGGAGUGGAUCGUGCACUACACAGCGCUGGGGGUGGCAGUUUAUCUCCCGCUUCAGAAAAAAAAGCAGUCGUUGUUCACGAUGCCCCGUUCGAAAUGUUGCUGGACAUUCUGAGCUCCUCCAACACCGCGGACAAUGAUUCGGCCACUAGGCAUGAUGUUCUUGAUGCGGAAAAGACGAUACCGACACGAACAGACGAGGUGAAUUUUCGACCAACAAACUUGUUCACGCCACGAGUACUACAAGCUGCCGACGAGACUUCUACCAGACACGCGGAGUCUGAGUUUGUCGAGUCGCGCAACAGUUUUGGCGCUCCCGGUAGCAUAGAAAUAGACGAACAUCUUCCGGCUCAAUUGGUGGAUCCGGACGAGUUGGAAGACGAUUCACCGAUGCAGGUACUUUUUACUACGUUUGUUUAUUUGAGCUAUAGCUGUUGCUGUUCCUGUUUCAACUAUUUUGUUUGUGUUUCAUGCAGAAAAAGAACAAAAUAAUUGGCAUUAGGGCAUCCUCUGUCACUGUCGGACGGCAGCAGCAUGAAUAGUCUCUGUCACUGUCGAAACGAAGAUGUCGAUAAGCAUGAAUAGACAUAGAGGUUGUAGGCGUGCGUCCUGGUAAUGGUGCGCCCGGAGGGUUUCGAGAUUUGAGCGGUACCUCUGUCGAGGAUCGACACACAUCAUGUGAUCACUGACUAGCACGCUCAGCUGAAAUUACCGAGUAGUCAGCAGCUAGGUCAACCCUGGAACUUAGAUGGUACGUUUGGCAAACAGUGACAAUUCGGUCAUCCCAAGAAGCGAGCGCACUAUGUAUUUGUUUUUAUUAAUUUGUUGCCGAAGAGCGUGUGCGACUGGGUUUGCCAGUCCGCGUUUGCAUGCAAGAAGUGCAAUAAACGAAGGCAAAAAGUAACGAAAUGCGUGCAGGAGCCAUCCCCUCUACAGGACCAGACUUUUGUUCACGUAUGUGUACCAGCAGAAGAACAGAAAGGCUGCGAAAACCUACACACAAUCACGUCGGUGCCUGAAAAUCGCACGGCUGUGACGCAUGGAAAUCGCAGACAGCACGUCGAUCCCGAAGACAUGGAGGAGGUGGAGCAGAAAGACACGAUCAACAACGUCUCUGCGUCGUCGAGCUCCAAGCGGUCCUUGGAGGGGAUGGUAGCGCAGCUAGCACUCCUUGCAAAUGUUGUGGAAACUACGUAGGCGUAGUUUUUUGCGCGAGCAGAUCGACGAAAAGUAUGAUUGUAUCUACCUCAGUAAAUUCAUAUACACCGAUGAAAAAUCAACAUGUAUAAAAAAGCAACGCUGUAGUUUCUUGGUCGUUUCCACUAAUGUUCAUGAGAGACCCAACCAACCGUGAUUUUUUGUAACGUCGAAGUAGUGCUACACCUUUACAUGUAUUUGUCAUUUUGCAAUUUGUCAAAAGCGCUGCAGUCAUUGAAAUUCGGGCAGCGUUUUUUUUUUUGUUGAGACACGAAAUGCAGAAGGUCAAUCCUGAAUGACCACUCGAUACUGUAUUUAUGUUUGUAGAGAAAAGCAGCUUUUGUAAUGUUGUGCGCAACAAUGAGAAUGAGUUGCGCGGCCUGGAUCCUCUGUAUUGAUUCCACAAUUUAUUUGUUCAUAUGCUCCACCACCACCGCCCAGGUUAGCGUUAGUUUGCAAGCCUUACUUGUUGUCCCUAAUUAUCGCCUCGUGAUGUUCAUCUGGCCGCGAAGGCGAAGCCACAGAGGAUCAUCCAUAGGAUGACUAAAUUUAUCAAUGUUUGGCAUCUGGAUUCCUUUCUCGAUCUCUACCCCGGUGAAGAGGAACGGCGUCAUAAUAUGUCACUCGAAACCGCUGCUACGCAGCGAAGGUAAUCACAAGGCGAU